AUGAAGAGCCUGUCCACGUGCGUGGAUCACAUCAAGAAUCCAGGGUUCCGCAACUACACGCUCCUCGCUCUGACCGGUUUCAUGCCCACUCCCUUCGGUUUGAGAGAAAAUGAUUUCUACGGGGACAGCGAGCGACACUGCCACGACUCCAACCACCUCGACCUCAACCUCGACGGCCAGAAGGAGGCUGACAACUUGAAGAUUUACUUCGACGAGCGGCUGUCGAGGCAGCAAGCAAUGAACAUGCUGACGAGCUCAGAGGAUGGAAAGUUCAUCGACUUUGAGACCAAUGAAGUCUCUGUAGAGUUGAUAGCAUACAACGCGGUCAGGAACAUCUUGUCCUACUGCAAGGUGACUUUCAGUUGGGACGUAGGGGGAAAGAUCCCUUGGAACAUAGGGAUGGAGGUGACGGAUAAACUUCAUCACCGACGAAAGUUUUCAGUUGUCGCCUACGCCAAGAACAUGAUAGAUGUCUACCUACUGUUCAACUAG